UCACAGCAUCACUGGUACACGCACAAGAGCAUAUAAUAGGGAUGUUCAGGCUGUACUCUGUCCAAGGGGAGGCAAGCAAGAGACAGGGAGAAAAGACAUUCUUUUUUCUCCUGUAUGUUCUUUGAAAAGCAAGGCAACGGCAUUUUUAGACAAGAUGUGUUCCUGCAUGAAUUUAAGUGAAAGAGACAAAGAAACCAUGGCACCGGAGAAAAAACUGAAAGCACCAAGCAAUGAGAAUUCAGUCCAAGGAGUCUGAGGGGAAGAAAAGCAAACUGGCAAGCAGAGAUUGGGCAGGAAAUAAAACUCAUGUGAAAAGGGAUACAGAAAACUUAAGUGCUCAUAUAAUUUUCACAGCAGCAUCACCAUAUGAAAAUUCUGUUCUGAAAUUUCCUUCAGGAAGUGACGUUGAUCGUGACUGGCAAAAAAUGAAGACUUGUGGACAGUAGAGGAAUUUAUCCCUCAGUAUCCACUCCUGCCACCCCUCUCUGGGCACUUAAUGUAAAAGAACUUAUUGCUCACAAAAGCAAGCUUUGAGAUUAUGCAAAACACCAAGUAAGCAAAAUAAAACGCAUGAUACUCAGGCUAGAGAGAAAAACAACUGCUGCAUUCUUUUUCAGUCAUCUGAAAAAAAUCUGUGAAAGGAAGUGGUUCCCCGAUUGCAAAUUCUGCAAACCACGUCGUCUCUCACGGAGACAAGAUACAGCUGGUCACCUGCAUGGGCAGCAGCUCUGGUUGAAUUUCUACAAGCUUAUGUUUAUCCUUUCACUUGAGAAAGAAAUACGUAGAUUAAAAUACCCCAAACUUUAUGGACUUCCAACUCCCCCCUUCUACACAGCAGCAGCAAAGAUAAGAGCAGAGUUUCCCCAUAAACUCCUUUCUUAAAUUGCAGAGCACUACGAUUGAGAUCCACCCGACAUCCCCAGGGCGGCAGCUUCUCAGCUACCUCCCAGGGAAACAAACAUCUUCCCUUUCCACGGCGAGAUCAGCAUCGGGAGAGAAGAAACCACCCGAGCAACACCCUGAUGGGAAUAACCGUCCAAAACAUCACGGGAAACACGGCAAUGGUCAUUUGGCCAAAAACGGCCAGUUGUGCCGACAGCUUUUACAGCAUCAUGUACCACCCUAACUGGAACAGCAUGGUAUCCAGUUACUCGAGAAAGAGCUUUCAGAAGGAAGAGAGGGUGCCUGCCAGUCGCUCCUCCUUCGUUCUUGAAAACCUAACCCCGCUAACAACAUACAUCUUGUGUGUGACCUGCCAGUCCGCAAACCCCUCCAGUGACCAGUGCAGAGUUUUUAACACGCUGGAACGAGACCCGGCCUCCGCGAGCAACACCAAAAAAGAGCUGGCGCUGGGCAUCUGGCUCACCAGCAGCGUCCUGCUCCUUACCAUCACCGCGAUCCUCGUCUACGGCUGCCUGCACCUCCUCUACCGCAGGAGACGGGAGCGUCUGCAAGGCCAACCCGGGAGCUCCACACAAGGGCAGGGGGCCAAAAGCGCGGCGUGCGCCUCGGGGGAGCUCGGCAGGCAGAGCCGGCUGCUGCAGGACGCCAAGGAUCCGGGUGGCAUCCAGCUGGCCACGAUCAUAGAGAAUCCCUCAGCCUCCGAGGAGCCCGUCACGCCGGCGUCCAAAAGCCAGGAGCGAGCGGCAGUGACAGGACAGAGCUCUGCUGUAAAUUAGAAACCUUUAUGUCAGGGAGGAAAGUUUUACCUUUCCGCAUACGAAGAGCCCAACUGCUUCAAACGCUUCACACGUAUUGUCGGCGCUCGCACCAGGGAGCGCCGACUGCUCCCCGCUGCUCCUCUGGUGUCACGUCCCUUUCCAGCAGCCCCGACGCAGCCAGAGGCACUCAGAGAAAAAGCUCCAGAUUCCCAAGAAGUGAGUAUUUCAGCUGCACUGCAUUAUUUAAAAAUGAAGCAUGCAGCAAAUAACCGGUUUAUAUUUUGAGGGGACUUUUUUGGUUGCUUUUUUUUUUUUUUUUAGAAGUCCAGAACAGCAAACAAAUAUAAAAAUGAAUCAAAAGUGACCACAAGAUUUUUUUUUUUUUUUCUUCUGGUUUUUACUAGCGUAAAUUCAAACUGAGUAGAGGUUUUCAGAUGGCAACCCAGCCUGCUACUACACUACAGGCAACUGGAACGUACACCCCGAGUGCAGUGGUCUGCCAGUAAGCUUCACCCCCACAAUCCUGACUGCUUCUCAAACUACACACUACAGACUGCUAAACGCUGCCUACGCACUUCGCCGACCCUGGUGCUCUCCAAAGCUCCCAUCUGAAUGAAGUCAGUCUCAGAGUGGAAGCUAAAUUCACCAGGAUUUUAAAUGGGCUGCUUUCAUCUGUCUUCGAAAUUUCCCCUCGGUCUAAAACCAUAUGGAAGACAGCGACUCUGUAAGGACAUUUCCAAUGAAACUAAGGAAAUAUCCUGGGUUAUCACGGCUUGCCCUCUUCUGUGCCCACCACAAGCUACCUUCUGCUCCAUGGGCGAGUGACUCCCUGUGGAGGAAACAGGGGUCAGAGAAGCAACUGCUGGCCCUUCCUUUUCCCUUCCCCUUUCAGUUUUAUCAUUAAAACUCAUUCACCAGCUGCAAAUUUCUACCCAACCGGAGGGUACAUUUUGUGUGAUAAAGGGGCAAGGAAGUAAAAAGAUGCCAAAACACAUUUUAUUUUUGCAACAGCCAAAUCUGCCGAUCAUCUCACUCUGCCUUGAGCAUCAUGGCCACGUGCCAAGAACAGCCCUUCAGGCAGAAAUCCAUUCACCCUCACAACACGACGCAUCUUGUCUGGCUUAGACGUAUAUCUCACCCUGUUUUAAACCUCUUAAGCAUGUUUGUGUUCCAUAAAAACAUAAUAAAUCUUAGUAUUGCUGUAUAGUAUGGUAUGUCUGAAAAACAAAGAUACGCUGUGACUGCAGGCAUUUUAAAGUGCUGUCGAUAGGAAUGUACACGUGAAGUCAGCUCGGUUGUACCAGGGAAGGCUGGAGAACCGCUGGCUGGGCAGCUGCCGUCCCUUUCCACCGCGCCCUGGAAGCCAAGGGGGCAUAAAAUUUCGGCAAGAGAGAGCCUGCUAACAUUCCACAGCAAGGAGUGGGUCUUUUCAGCUACUGUGUUUUGCCAACAUUACCCACAACGUGCCAGAGACGUCAGCUCUCAUAUUGCUAGGAAGACAGGAGCUGGCCUAAGCUCGAUGUGUCAUCUUCAUUUUACUAGGGUUAGGUACGACACACAGAAACGCGUGCGGAAUGGGGGCGAGUAUUACUCCUAGAAAACAUUUCAAAAGGCAUCCUUGUUGUGUUAAGUCAGCAAUAACGUGUUCUCCGCCCCCCCCCCCCCCCAGCAUAGCAUUUCCUCCAGCUGACAUGUUUUUCUUUGUCUUGUACAUCAGUCUUAAAUAAACUGUGAAGAGGAACAGUUUACUGCUGUUUCGCAUGACGGUGUUUCAUGAAACAGACACUGAGAAACUGUCUU